AAAAAAAAAAAAAAAGAAGCUCCGCACACCGGAGCUCUUAUCGGCCUUCUCUCAGUUCUUUAGGGAAGUUCCUGGGAGACUUUGAGUCGUGACUAUCCCGAUUUUCUGGUCCUUACUUUGGCCUGCAUUGACUCAUCCAGCGCUACCCACGCCUUUUCUCCGUCGCUAUUUCUUCGCCUUCUCAUCUUCUUCCUUUUUUCCCUGAGUCCUUUUUUUAUUCUGAUUCCUUAUUCAUCCCUUCCCUUCUGGCCACACCGUCUUCUCUCUCUUCCCUCCUCCCCCUUACUUCCUUCCGACUGGCACGCCAGGUCACUCACUGCUCCUCUUUGUCCUCCCCAUAAGUGGCGCAGUGCGCAAUGGUUCUCGCCGCUCGUUGCGGACAGGCGACGUCCGCCCUCUUGCGUCAGCGCUGUGCGGUCGAGUCCCGUCGCUCCGCUCUCCCGGCUGUGCGCUCCUUCACUUCUCAGACGACCGCUGCCCGUACGACGGCAUCGAGUCUGCGAUUGCAGCAGAAGACUUCUGCGCCUUCGCCAUGGCGGUCCCAGCAGCUGCGCUCCUUCUCGAGCGCUCUGCGCCGGUUGGCGGAGUCUGCUCCCGCCGCUGAUAGCUACCUGAAGAGCGAGCUUUUCAAGACCGAGCCCAACCUCGUCGAUGUUAAGAAGGUCCUUGUCAUCGGUAGUGGUGGCCUGAGCAUUGGACAGGCCGGAGAGUUCGAUUACUCUGGUAGGUGGAAUUUAUGAGUCACAAAUCCCCCUCUGGCCCACAAGCCGCUGGUCCCUUCUCCGAGUUUUAGUGUUCCGUUAAACACUGUGGAGUCGGGGUUCGAGUAGCGAGCAGAACAGAACUGCCUGGGCAAAUACCUUUUUGAUUAAUAACAUUGGGUUCUGUGCAAAUGGGGAAUGCUAAUGUCUUUGCCUCAAAAUUAUAGGCUCCCAGGCUCUGAAGGCGCUCAAGGAGGCCGGUGUCCAGUCAGUCCUGAUCAACCCUAACAUUGCGACCAUUCAGACCGAUCACAAGCUUGCGGACGAAGUCUACUACCUCCCGGUUACCCCCGAAUAUGUGACCUACGUUAUCGAACGGGAACGCCCCGACGGUAUCUUCCUCUCUUUCGGUGGACAGACGGCCCUGAACUUGGGUGUGCAGAUGAACCGCAUGGGUACCUUCGAGCAGUAUGGCGUCAAGGUUCUUGGAACCAGCAUCCGGACCUUGGAGACUAGUGAGGACCGUGACCUGUUCUCCAAGGCCUUGAACGAGAUCAACAUCCCCAUCGCCGAGUCCAUCGCUGUUAACACCGUUGACGAGGCCCUGGAGGCUGCCGAGCAAGUUGGUUACCCCAUCAUCGUUCGUUCCGCCUACGCUCUGGGUGGAUUGGGUUCCGGAUUUGCCAACGACCCCGAGGAACUGCGCAACUUGGUCUCUCGCUCCUUGACCCUUGCUCCCCAGGUGCUGGUCGAGAAGUCCCUCAAGGGCUGGAAGGAGGUCGAGUACGAGGUGGUCCGGGAUGCCAACAACAACUGUAUCACCGUUUGCAACAUGGAGAACUUCGACCCCUUGGGUAUUCACACUGGUGACAGUAUCGUCGUUGCGCCCAGUCAGACUCUGUCCGAUGAGGAGUACCACAUGCUCCGUACCGCGGCCAUCAAGAUUGUCCGCCACUUGGGUGUCGUCGGCGAAUGUAACGUGCAGUACGCCCUGCAGCCCGAUGGUCUCGACUACCGUGUCAUUGAGGUCAACGCCCGUCUCUCUCGUUCUUCGGCUCUGGCCUCCAAGGCUACCGGAUACCCUCUUGCCUACACCGCUGCCAAGAUCGGUCUGGGACACACUCUCCCCGAGCUGCCCAACGCCGUGACCAAGACCACCACUGCCAACUUCGAGCCCAGCUUGGAUUACAUCGUCACCAAGAUCCCCCGGUGGGAUCUGAGUAAGUUCCAGCACGUCAACCGGGACAUCGGAAGUGCCAUGAAGUCUGUCGGUGAAGUUAUGGCCAUUGGUCGUACCUUCGAGGAGUCGUUCCAGAAGGCUAUCCGCCAGGUCGACCCCCGAUUCCUCGGUUUCCAGGGUGACUCGUUCGAGAACCUGGAUGACGUCCUGAAGAACCCCACCGAUCGCCGUUGGUUGGCUGUUGGCCAGGCCAUGCUUCACGAGAACUACUCCGUGGACAAGGUCCACGAUCUGACCAAGAUCGACAAGUGGUUCCUGUACAAGCUCCAGAACAUUGUGGAUUGCAACAAUGAGCUCAAGGAAAUUGGCAGCCUCUUCGGCGUCCAGGAAGAGCUGAUGCUGAAGUCAAAGAAGCUUGGUUUCUCUGACAAGCAGAUCGCUCUCCUCGUUGGUUCGACUGAGGACGAUGUCCGCGCUCGCAGAAAGAGCUUCGGUAUCCGCCCCUGGGUGAAGAAGAUUGACACCCUGGCCGCCGAGUUCCCUGCCGACACCAACUACCUCUACACUACCUACAACGCCACCUCCCACGAUGUCACCUUCGAUGACCAUGGCACGAUCAUUCUUGGUAGCGGUGUCUACCGUAUUGGAAGCUCGGUCGAGUUCGACUGGUGUGCGGUCAACGCCACUCUUUCCCUCCGCAACAUGGGCAAGAAGACCGUUAUGAUCAACUACAACCCCGAGACCUACUCCACCGACUUCGAUACCGCUGACAAACUCUACUUCGAGGAGCUCAGCUACGAGCGUGUCAUGGAUAUCUACGAGCUCGAGAGCGCCAGCGGCGUUGUCGUCUCCGUCGGUGGUCAGCUUCCUCAGAACAUUGCCCUUCGUCUGCAGGAGACUGGUGGUGCCCACGUCCUCGGUACCAACCCCAAGGAUAUUGACAAUGCUGAGGACCGUCACAAGUUCUCGCAGAUCUUGGACAGCAUUGGCGUUGACCAACCUGCCUGGAAGGAGCUUACUUCCGUCUCUGAAGCCGAGCGUUUCGCCGAGUCCGUCGGCUACCCCGUCUUGGUUCGUCCCAGUUACGUCCUGUCUGGUGCGGCCAUGAACGUCAUCUACAGCCACGACGAGCUGAAGGAGAAGCUGCUCAACGCCGCCGCCGUCUCUCCCGAUCACCCCGUUGUCAUCACCAAGUUCAUCGAGGGUGCUCAGGAAAUCGAUGUCGAUGCCGUUGCCUCCAAUGGUCAGCUUCUGCUCCAUGCCGUCAGUGAGCACGUCGAGCCCGCCGGUGUGCACUCUGGUGACGCUACCCUUGUCCUUCCCCCCGCCAAUCUCGAGGAGCCCAUCAUGAACCGUGUCAAGGAGAUCGCCGAGAAGGUUGCCAAGGCCUGGAACAUCACCGGUCCUUUCAACAUGCAGAUCAUCAAGGCCGACCAGGAGGGUGCUGCUCCCGAGCUGAAGGUCAUCGAGUGCAACCUUCGUGCUUCCCGCUCGUUCCCCUUCGCCUCUAAGGUUCUGGGUACCAACUUCAUCGACGUUGCCACCAAGGCUCUUGUUGGCCGUGAUGUCCCCGAGCCCGUGGAUCUCAUGAGCACCAAGCGUGACUACCUUGCUACCAAGGUUCCCCAGUUCAGUUGGACCCGUCUGGCUGGUGCCGACCCCUUCCUUGGUGUUGAAAUGGCCAGCACUGGUGAAAUUGCCUGCUUCGGUAAGAACCUCGUGGAGGCCUACUGGGCUUCUCUCCAGUCCACCAUGAACUUCCGUGUGCCCGAGCCUGGCGAGGGUAUCCUGCUUGGUGGCGACAUCCACAACACUGCCUUGGCCAAGGUUGUCGAGUACCUGAACCCUCUGGGCUUCCAGUUCUUCGCUGCCAGCCCCGAGGUCAAGGCUCACAUCGAAUCCACCUCCAAGGACAACGUCUCCGUGCAGGUGAUCGAGUUCCCCAAGAAGGACAAGCGUGCUCUCCGUGAGGUCUUCCAGAAGUACAACAUUCGUGGUGCCUUCAACCUCGCCAAGAGCCGGGGCAAGACCCUGCUCGACGAGGACUACGUCAUGAGACGUAACGCGGUCGACUUUGGCGUGCCUCUCUUCAUGGAAACCAAGACCGCUCUUCUCUUUGCUCAGGCCAUGAGCGAGAAGCUGCCCCGUGCCGAGGGCAUUCCCUCCGAAGUCCGCAGCUGGUCUGACUUCGCCGGUGGCAAGCUGCUGUAAACAAAAGUCCACCCUCUCAAAGGACAAAAAGUUUGUUUCUUUUGAUUCUUUAUAGAUAUAAUUGUCCGGUGUUGCAUUGGUUCUUUUUGUCGUUACAGGCACCCAAAAAGCCGCCUUGUUUGGCGUAGCGGAUAAGACAACUCAGGUUGAUAGACUUGUUACUUUUGCCCUGGUAUCCGGGCUUACCGCUUCACCUUUUCCCCUUCAGGCGACAAGUGGAUCUUGGACCAGGAGCUCUGGUGGUAUUUUUUCUUCGGGUUGUUUUUGAUUAUUCUUUUAUUAUUUUUCACGGUCAUAUUUUUGCCAUUUCAUUUCUAGUAGGCAGGCUAUGUGCUUGAGCGGGAAGAAGAAUCUUUAGUUAGGUUUUUAUUGAUGACGUGACUGAUUUCAUGGGUUGUUGAUAUUUAUGUAUAGUAUUAGUCUAUUGAUUUGAAUUAGGAUCUCACC